CGGCGGGGCGCUCAACUUUAACUGUGGUCUUUUUGCCGAACCUCCGACCGAGCAGAUCAACGGCAGCAACCACCAGCGACAGUUCACCACCACAACCGGCUCCUCCAACAACAGUGCCACAGACUCGGCUUACGCAAAGCCGAGCAAGCAGCAGCAGCAGCAAGUAAAGUCGAGCAGUCCUCUGCCUGCGGUGGUUGGAGGUGGAUCGGCAUCAGCAGCGGGGGUCCCGGGCCAGUACCACCACGACAACAGCCAGACGCGCACUAUCCAUCACGUAACCGAGACCCGGACGACCCGCCACUACCCGGCCACCAGUCAUCAGUACGAGUACGCGGUCACCCACUCGAUCAAGCAGAACCAGUUGGAUUCUAUGCUCGGCAAUUUACAGGCAGACAUGAGCCGCCAAGGAGUCAAUACCACCCAGAAGGGAUGCUGCGGUGCCUGCGAGAAACCCAUCGUCGGACAGGUGAUAACCGCCCUGGGCAAGACAUGGCACCCGGAGCACUUCAACUGCGCCCACUGCAACCAGGAGCUCGGCACCAGGAACUUUUUCGAGCGCGAGGGCCGGCCGUACUGCGAGCCCGAUUACCACAACCUGUUCUCGCCCCGCUGCGCCUACUGCAACGGCCCGAUUCUCGAUAAAUGCGUGACCGCCCUGGACAAAACCUGGCACACGGAGCACUUCUUCUGCGCCCAGUGCGGCAAGCAGUUCGGCGAGGACGGCUUCCACGAGCGGGACGGCAAGCCGUACUGCCGCGACGACUACUUCGACAUGUUCGCCCCAAAGUGCGGAGGUUGCAACCGCGCCAUCAUGGAGAACUACAUAUCCGCCCUCAACAGCCAGUGGCACCCGGAUUGCUUCGUUUGCCGGGAUUGCAAACAGGCGGUAUCCGGCAAGUCCUUUUACGCCAUGGAGGGCAAGCCAUUGUGCCCCAAGUGCGUGGGCGUUGACGAGGAGGAGGACGGCGAGGAGGAAGAGGCGUGAGGCGGGCUCGUAGAUGGGAGGAAAUUUAUUUGAAAGGAAAACAAAAAAAAAAAAAAAAAA